AUGGUCGCAACUUUAUUCCCACAUCCCCCCACAUCCCCAGGGCAAACCCCAACCCACAUCCCCGCUCGUGUCCCCGGGAGCGCAGUGGCCGAGAGGACGAGGAUGGAGGGGAUGGCGGAGGAGACGCUGGAGGAGAUGAUGGCGGAGAUCUCGUCGAUCAGGGCGUCGAUGGUUCAGUUCAUCAGUGGCUUCUCCAUCGGUGCAGAGGCUCAGCUGAACCAGGCUAAGAUAGUUUCACGCGUGCAAUCGAGUUUGGAGAGGAUCGCCAAUCUUAGCUCGAAUGCGCAGACUAUUCUGCCUUCCAGUGUCAGUGAGAUAUUUGAGCGUAUUGAUCGACCAACUUCAUCUCAAAACGUUGAUGUGGCUGCUCAGAGCUACGAGCAGUUUGGAACUGGGCUUGAUGGAAUGGAUUCGCGAGUCGCUGAGCUGAUGCAGACGGCGCAACAGAGGAUAGAGGCAUGGAAUCGAUUGCCCAAGUCACUGGGAGUCGCAGCAAAUUCUUUCGCAAAGUUCAGAGCACAGAAAUUCCCAACGACUUGCUUGAAAUCCAAGAGGCCCCGACUGACCGACGACCCCGAUGCUGAGCUGCUGCCGGAUUCGAGGAGCGAGAUGGCAGCGGCGGUGGCUGGUCGCGUUGUGAAGUUGCAACGGGCGGGAAUGAACAUGAAGAAGGGGAUCUUGGCAGCGCAGAUUAUGCAAGCAAAGGACAGCCAGGUGGUCAACGUCGUAGCGGCAGCUGAAGGUGUCAUAUCCGUCCACCUGGUGAAGGAGGGGGAGAUAGUCAGGCAAGGGCAGCCACUGAUGACUAUCACGAUGAAUUCCUUGGUCCAUUAUGUUUCGGCCCUCAGACGAAUCCCCAACAUCUCUGUCUUGUUGGAACGGGCGUCCCCGGCGGACCUUUCCUCCUCCACAACGAACCCCAAGAGGUUCGUUCUUGUCAUCGGGGUGCAGGGUGUUUUGACUGCUCGUUUGUCGAUUCGUCGAUUCCAUGCAGAAGACUUCGAGGCCAAGAGCAAGAUGGCGGCGGUAGGUACACCCAACACGGGUGCUGCUGGAUCGGGAACUCCUCGACCCGACUCGUCAAGAGACGGGAACGCGCUCAUGUCUGACAACGUGGAAGACAUGAUGCACAUCGACCAGCAUGACUCGCACGAUGGCGGCGACGGAGUUCUUGGCAGCGACAAGGGUCAGUUCAGCAGCGGUACAGGGUUCCUUCGAAUGGACGCGAUAAGUAUCAGCGGGAUCACAGAGAGUUUGGGCCCCUGGGACUUGUCCUCCCAUGCAAUCUUUCGGGCUAUCAACCAGGAAGCCUAUGCUGUCUUGCACACCUUGCGUUCAAGGAACCGUUCAAGCUCGCAGGAGCAAGUCCUCUCUGACUUUGUCAUCUGGCUCUCUCACUUCCGCUCGCUCUUCUCCACCAAGUGCAUCUAUUGCAAGAAAAUUCUGAUCGCCGAUAGCCCGACAGAGGUUGGCAAGCACACGUACUUGCCUUGCGCAGGACGAGAUAUCGUAACGGGUGCGCCAUAUCACCCGCAAUGCUGCCCUGUGCGAAACUCCAUGGACGGAUCACAAAGUGCCAUGUUUUGA